UGAUAUUGCACAGUAUGAUGGAAACUAUUUGUUUACAACAUGGCGUCAAAUGUGAAGGAGAAUGAUGAAAGAGAGAAAAAUGUCUUGGCAUGGAAAAACAAAAUGGACAAAGCAAAAAAAGGUGAAAUUCUCAGAGAGCUUCGGAAAUUGAGUGUGCAGGUGGUAGCUUUAGAGCGGGAGAAAGCGACACAUCUGUACAGCAAGAGAAAUGAGUUCCAACACGACUUCAGCGUUCUGGAGGAAGUGGAUUCCAAAAUGAAAUCAGACCUUAAAUCAGAACAAGUCAAAGUCAGUCAACAACUGGAGAAGAUCAGUCACAUGGUCAAACGAUUUCAUAAGGAAUUGAAAGACGUGAAACCCACACCAGAAUUUGUAGAGAAAUUGAAAGUGAUUAUGGAGGAAAUAGAAGGCACCAUUAACAGCUUCAAAGAAAGUCAGCGGAAGCGCUAUGAAGAAUUGAUUAGAGAUGAGCGAGUAACGUCUCAGGAAAUUCAGGCCCUGGAGAGAAAGUUUGAUGCCUGGAGUCAACUGUCUGAAAAGUCAGAUGGCAAAAGUAAAAAGGCACCUGCAGCUCCUUUAGCCAGCGCCAGAGACAUCACCAAGGACCUUCCACCACAAGUGGCUGCCUUUGAGAAAUUUUUGGAAGAAACUGGAGGAACUCGAGGUGGUUGGGAUGAAUAUGAUCACGGGACGUUCCUCAAGUUCAGGAAUAGAUAUAAGGGGAAAACUAUUUUCAUAAGACAUGCACUUGUUGCCAUACCAACCAAGACAGAGGAGGAGAUCCGCGAUCAUGAAGAGUGGUAUCAGACAUAUUUAUCCAUGAAUGAGAGAAAGAAAGAGAGCAUUCGGAAAUGGAGAGAUAGAAAGGAGGGCGAGAAAGAGGAAGUGCUGAGUAAAGUGGAGUCGGAGCUUGCAGAGCAACAACAGAAAGAAGAACAAAAACAACAAAGGUUAAAAGAGCAGUUAGAAGAGGAGAAAAGACAGAGAUUUAGUCAACUGAAUGCUUGGAAGGUGCAAAAAGAGUUGGAGAGGGCACAAGCAGAGGAACGAAAACUACGAGAAGCAUUGGACAAAGCAAAGAGAGAAGAAGAGAGAAAGAAAGAGAAGGCUGAACUGAGACAGAAAGUAGAUAUAUUUAAGAAAGAGAGAAAGGAGGAGGAGCAAUUUUUGGAGGAGCAGAAAAGAGCAUGGGAUCAGGAGGACAAGGAACGACAGAAACAGAUAUCUGCGCGGGAGAUACACCGGUUUAGAGACAGGGACCAGAAGAAACUAGAAGAGAAACUAGCAAAAGAGAAGGAAAAAGAAAAUGAAAAACUAGAAAAACAGAAACGAUUAGAAAGAUUGAAAGAGCAGGUUGAUGUGGAGGUGGAUAGGGAUCCCAACAGAUUGUUAAAACCAACAGCAGGAUGGACAUCUAGGUUAAAGGACAAGGGGUCAUCAGGGUCAGGACCAGUACUACACAUGCCUCAUAGGGCUGUUCCCUCCUGGCGCCAGGGAAUGACAUGAUCAUACAAGAAGACAACACAGAAUGUAUUUAUUGAAUCAUUAUAUUUAUAGAAAAUAAAAGUUGUACAAGUCA